AGUCAGCGAGUGCAGCAAUGCCAGGUUUCGUUCUCGCUGACCAUUCUCUGCAGCCACGUGCUUGGCAGGGUGUUGCGGCUAAAUUUAGCUCGUUGUAAAUCGGGCAGCCGCUCGCAAAGAGGAAAAACCCAGAAACCUGGAUCGUCGUGCCCGGCCCACCUCUGAACCCCACCACAGCAGCGGAUCGCGAUCUGACAGACCGAGACGCACGAUCCCUUCCGCAGCGGAAUGCGACAAUUCUUCCGCCGGCGGCCGAAAGCCGUAGCAACCGGGCCGGCAGCUGAGCACGACCCGCCGGAACAGUCGGUUGGGGGGGCUUCCUCCUCGCCCAAGACCUUCCCGUCAGGCAUCAAACUGCUUCACAGUGCGGCACACGCCACUGUCGACAUCGUCUUUGUCCACGGCCUGACUGGCGAUCGCGAGAAGACGUGGACCGCCCGCGGCGCGUCCGAGCCGUGGCCCAAGGCCCUCCUCCCGUCCGAGCUCCCGACCGCGCGCGUGCUCACGUUCGGAUACGAUGCAUAUGUGGCAGACUGGCGGGGAAUAGUGUCGCAGAACCGGAUUGGCAACCAUGCAUGGAAUUUGCUCACGUCGCUUGCGACGUACCGAGAGAGGGACGAAACGAACGAGCGACCUAUAGUUUUCGUUUGCCAUAGCUUGGGAGGGCUUGUUUGCGAAGAUGCGUUGGUAACGUCGAGACAGCGGCCGGAGAAACACCUCCGGAACAUCCUUCAAUCGACCCGGGCAAUCGCCUUCCUCGGAACGCCGCACCACGGUGCAGGGCUGGCCAGAUGGGCUGAGCUCCUAUCCCGUUACGUCGGCCUCGUCAAGCAGACAAACACCAAGAUUGUGGCAGUCCUCCGACAGGAGUCGGAAAUGCUAGCGCGGAUUCAGGACAGCUUCCAUACCAUGGUUAUAGCACGCAGCAAGGAGGGACAAAGGCAGAUUAAUAUCACCUGCUUCUUCGAGGAGCUACCUCUACUAGGCGUUGGCCAGGUGGUGCCGCAGCACUCGGCAAUCCUCCCGGGGUACAUCCCGAUCGGCAUCCACAGCAACCAUAUGGACAUGGCCAGAUUUGCCUCUGCAGACGACCCCGGGUUCACGGCUGUCUGCGGGGAGCUUCGCCGGUGGAUCAAGGAGAUGGAUGCGACAGAGAGACGUCACGAGAAUCCGCCCCCGUCGACCGAUACCAAGAAUGCAGGGGACGGACAGAGUGGACGUACGAGCUCAUCCGCACGAUUUCUGGUGCCGUACACCAGCAAUCCGGACUUUGUUGGGCGUUCCGAAAUUCUCGAAGAGCUGAAGAGCCAGCUCGGCCACGGGCAGCUUUCACCGGCCGGCACGCCGCAACGGAGAGCAUGUCUCCAUGGGCUGGGUGGCAUCGGGAAAACGCAGAUCGCGCUGGCGUACGCGUUCUGGCUGCGUGAGACGCACCCGGAUGUGUCGGUUUUCUGGGUCCACGCAAGCAACAGGGAGCGGUUCCGCCAAGCAUAUGCUUCCAUCGCACAAGAAUGCCAGGUCCCCGGCUUUGAUGAUCCCAAGACAGAUGUGCUGGCGCUAGUGAAAAGGUGGCUGGAGAAGAAAGAUCGCGGCCGGUGGCUCAUGGUGAUCGACAAUGCCGACGACACGCAGCUUUUCUUCGGCCAGCAAGGGGAAUCCGAGAAUGGCAGUGCAUCCAACCACGGGGAAAACCUUGGGCGAUACCUUCCCGAGUGCUCGCACGGCGCUGUUCUUGUCACAACCCGGAACAAGCAGACGGGCUCGAGGCUGACCAAGGGAAAACGUCCUAUCGAAGUCGGCAGGAUGGACGACGACGAGACGGCCCAGCUGAUUCGUGUACGACUUGACGGAGUCGACGCCGCUUCUGGCGAAUCCUUGGCGCUUUCUGCUCGGCUGGAGCACCUCCCGCUUGCGCUCGUCCAGGCGGCGGCGUUCAUGCAAGAGAACACUAUAAUGAUCAGCCAGUACCUUCGACUUUUGGAUGAGAGCGACCAGAACUUGGUCAAUCUGCUCAGUGAGGAAUUCGAAACGGACGGCAGAGACUCGGAGACGCCUCGUGCAGUGGCGGAGGCGUGGAUCCUCUCAUUUGAGCAGAUCCAACGACAGAAUGGCUUUGCGGGUGAGCUUCUUUCAUUGAUGAGUCUCCUCGACCGGCAGGCCAUUCCGUUGGAAUUUCUAUCCCGCUAUAGUGAGCGGCAGCGGGACGAAGAAGCCAGGGAAGAGAUACAGCUUACGAAGGCUUUGGGGGUUUUGAAGGCGUUUUCGUUUAUCGCCGAGGAUAAAAGCCAUGGAUUCGACAUGCACCGGCUUGUGCAGUUGGUCACUCGGAAAUGGCUUGACAAGAAUGGCAAAAUGCACUGGUUUACGGAACAAGCACUGGUGACGGUGUCGCAAGCUUACCCGUUUGGCGACCACGAAAGUCGGGCGGUGUGCAGCGCAUACCUCCCGCACGUCUACGCUAUACUGCGAUAUGAGGGCACCGGGUCGGAGGAUGAGAGGUUGGCUAGGGCAUCCCUUCUCCAUUGUGUUGCCGGAUUCUUCCGUUACCAAGGUCAAAGGAAGGAUGCGGAGAAGUUCCAGUUGCAAGCAACACGUCUACGAGAGGAACUGCUGGGAGAGGAGCACCCCUCCACGCUGGCCAGCAUGAGCAACCUGGCGUUGACGUACUUGGAUCAAGGCCGAUGGAGGGAGGCCGAGUCACUGGGGGUGCAAGUGGUGGAGACCGGGAAGAGGGUGCUGGGAGAGGAGCAUCCCUCAACGCUGGUCAGCAUGGCUAACCUGGCAUCGACGUAUUGGAAUCAAGGCCGGUGGAAGGAGGCCGAG